AUGAAUGAGAGAAAAGAAGUUGCAAUUUCUGAAACGGAUCCAGAUAUAGAAAAUUUUCCAUUACUUUUAUCAUACUCAAUCGAAACAAAAAUUGGUAGAGGACAAUUUAGCGAAGUUUAUAAAGCUCGGUGUCAAAAAAGGCAAAUAAAUGUUGCUUUAAAAAAAAUUAAGAUAUCAAAAAUUUCGGAUGAAAAAUUAAAAUCUGAUUGCGUGAAAGAAAUAAACAUAUUACAGCAAUUAAAUCAUUUAAAUAUAAUUAAAUAUUUUGAAUCUUUUAUUGAAUCCAACGAAUUAUUUAUUGUUUUGGAGUUGGCCGACGGUGGAGAUCUUGCUGGACUAAUAAAUUAUUGUAAAAAAGAAAGAUUAUUGAUUCCUGAAACAUAUAUUUGGAAAUAUUUUUCCCAAAUUACUUUGGCUUUACAACACAUGCAUUCAAAACGUAUUAUGCACCGAGAUAUAAAGCCAGCAAAUAUUUUUUUGACCAAAAAUGGCGUGAUUAAAUUAGGCGAUCUGGGAUUGGGAAGAUUUUUCAGUAAUAAAACCUUAAUAACGCAUUCCCUUGUUGGCACACCUUAUUACAUGUCACCUGAACAAAUUAAUGAGUGCGGUUAUGAUUUUAAAAGUGAUAUUUGGUCUACCGGAUGUUUAUUGUACGAAUUAGCAACUUUACAAAGUCCCUUUUGCGGAGAAAAAAUGAAUUUAUACACGUUAUGUCAAAAAAUUAAAUUUUGUGAUUAUCCCCCAAUACCGUGCGAUUUAUAUUCUCAACAGAUAAGGGAUUUGGUUGUCUCAUGUCUUCGCGUUGAUCCCCAUUAUAGGCCUGAUAUAAAUAAUUUACAUGAUUAUUCACAAAAAAUGCACCUUAAAUUAAACUUUACAGUUCAAUUAUUUACCUGUUUGAGUCUUUCAGGUGUAUAA